AUGUCCUUCUUCAACGAGGCAUUCAUUGCCCACUCAGCUCGUGCUGUCCAUCCAGUGCCACCCAGUUUAUUCUACUUUGGGGGCGGCUCGGACUUGCUUUGGAACGAAUAUAUUAACGCGUGCUUGGGUCAAACUGACACAAAUGACGAAUUUGAUGCCGGCAAUGGCCUGGCCUUGAACCCGUGCCAAGUUACCCGACUAAAAGCCGCUGUCUACACCACGUUUCCCUCCAAAACCUCUCCUCGUAGCACCUCUUCUUACCACACAUUAUCCCCUCACACCUCUCCAUAUGGGACAUCCGCUUGUCCCACACCGUCGACUGGUACAGCUUCUGUUGCCGGAUCUCCCUAUACAUCGUCUUUCCAGGGAGCAUCUCCCCACAGCAUGUCCCCUUACAGCAACCCGACUAAGUUUGGCCAGUUUGACGACAAGGAUGAUCGCCGAAAAAACCAUGUCACCUCGCUCGACGGCAAUAUAGCCAUGGGCCAACACAAUGGAGGUGCCUUGGCCCACGGAAUCCCUGCUUGCCCUCAUCCGCACAACUAUCUCUUCGCCCGCCCCAGAGAAAAGAUUGGCACUGGUCGCACUUGUCACAAAGCCAUUGGCAGCUCCUUGACAGGUCAGUUCUCCAUUGUCGCCGCCACCAAUGGCUUCCCACCCCUGAACGUCGAUUUGAGUCGUGCAAGCGGUUACAUCAACAACUUCGAAUCCUGCCGCAAACCCUGUCCUGCCCACAGCUACAGCUACACUCACCUAACCCAGACAAAGGGCCAGAUGAAGCAGAGUGGUGCGGGCGGAUUCCUCAACGAUAAAGGCCAUGGCUUCAACUUCCACUUGGGUAAUUUACCCUCGUAUCCUGACCAGAGCAUGAGCCGCCAUCCUGGAUCAAGCCAUGAGAAUCUCGGCUGUACUCCUGGUAACGCCAAGAAUCGAAGGGACGUUGGAAUCCAUGACGACCAUAGAAGUAACAGAGAAUUGCGCCGUCUCUUAGAAUUUCAGAACUGGGUUUUGGGUCUGGACGCUUCCACAAUGCUGCGCACCGCGGAACAGGCAGGGUUUCCAGAGCAUUUUGACCUAGGCUUCGAGUCAAACUUGAGCAAUCAUGGCCGGAUGAAGAGCACUGAAGGCCAAGGCAUGAGCACCACCGCGUUGACCAGCACUCCUCGGGGGUAUUCGGCUGAGAACAAUACAGCCCCGUUUACCAGCCGUUCUCACGGUAUCCCUCGAAACCGUAACGAUCCUGCCAGUGGCGGAUACAGCCGCAGCAUGAAACCAACCUUUUCCCCCGUUGUCCUCGGAACCUCCAAGAAUUGCAACAACCACAGGAUUUCGAAGAAGGGCAGCCCCCGUCAUCCUGAGCUUCCUCCGAAGGCCACCCUUCAUAACGUCUCCGCCAAAAGUCUCCCUUUUCGUACCGCCAUUGCCUCCAAGAGCAAACGCGAUGACAGAAACGCCGACAAAAAUGAACUCGAAAAUGUUUUGACCACCUGGGAAACAAGAUCGGACGCGACCGUCGUGCCCUUAUUGAGUGGCGCCACGCCUGUGACAUCUACACCUGUACGAGCUGCAGUGCCGAGACCAGGACGAGGAUGGAAAGAGGAAGGCUGCCGCUGCCGCUGCUGGCAGGCAGGUAAGUCGGACAUCUGGAAACCUCGAUAG